CGGCAUGCAUCCCACUUGCUCACUUGUUGAAACGUGCCGCCGCCGCCGUGCCGGCCGGGACCAUGACGUCGUCGUCGUUGCCUUGGUUUGUGUGCCGGCACGCCGCAACCAUAAAACCCAACUCCCACGCUCGCUCGCUUCACAACACAACAACCACUUCACCCCCUACCAAGCAAGCACAAUGCCAGACCUCCGCGCGACCACCUUUGCCCUCGUCGGCGCCUCGCAGCUGCACUCGCUCGUGCUCUACACCAACAUUGGCGCGACGGCCAUGGGCGUCGUCCCGCUCCUGCGCGGCCGCCUCGCCGACGUGUCCAUCUCGCCCGGCGACCGCGUCAAGGCGUGGGCGAGCUACUACCGCGCCGGCAUGAAAUGGGCCGUCAUCCCCACGGCGCUCGCGGCCGUCGUCGACAUCUACAUCGCCCGUAGCCACCCCGUCACGCAGGUCCGCCAGCUCGCGACCGCCGCCGCCGUCGUCGGGCUCACCAUCAUCCCCAUCACGGGCUUCAUCCUCCCCGUCAACGAGAAGCUCCUCGCGCUCGAGAAGGACGACAGCCUCAAGGGCGUCAGCAGCUCCGACCCCGCCGGCAAGGAGGCCGACGAGCUCGUCAACGAGUGGGAGCGCCGCCACCUCGUCCGCUACGUCUCGUACAUUGGCGGCUGGGGCCUCAGCCUCGCCGCGCUCGUCCUCGGCGCCCUCGUGCUCGAGGUCAACGAGGUCGUCGUCAUCUAGGCAGGCGGGCGUCGGCGUGAGAGGAGUAGUAGAUGGCUGUGGGAUGUAUGACGUGCUGCCGUG